AUGGCUCAAGAGUUCAAGCUGAAGGGUGUCGACAAGCUCGAUCUGAAAGACCUGGACAAGGCUGAAUACGAGGUCGAGGGGAUAGAAGGUGGAAAGGUCCUGCUGUGCAAUGUCAAUGGCCAGGUUCACGCACUCAAUGCUAACUGCACGCACUUUGGCGCACCUUUGAAGAACGGCGUCCUCACACCUGAGGGUAGACUGACCUGUCCAUGGCAUGGAGCUUGUUUCAAUGUAAAGAGCGGCGAUGUCGAAGACGCCCCUGCGCCUCUAGCACUGAACAAAUUCGACGUGGUUGAGAAGGAUGGCGGUGUCUACAUUAAGGGCAAAGAGGCAGACAUCAAGGGAGGAAAGAAAACGGUCAACAUCAAGACCACACCCUCUUCCGAGGACAAACUGGUCAUUGUCGGCGGUGGCUCCGGCACAUUUGGCGCCCUCCUCAAACUCCGAGAACUCGGCUACCAAGGCCAGAUCACAGUCAUCACCCAUGAAGGCCUGCCUAUCGACCGCACGAAGCUUUCCAAAGCCCUCAUCACUGACCCAACAAAGCUUUAUCUACAGCCCGAGGAGUGGUACAAGGAUGGCUCAAUAGACUUCGUUUCCGACACGGUGACCUCGGUGGAUUUCGAUGGAAAGACAGUCAAGACAAAGUUGGACAAGUCGUACCCAUACACCAAACUCAUUCUAGCCACGGGCGGCACACCGCGUCAACUACCCCUCCCUGGAUUCAAGAACAAUGAACUGGGCAAUAUAUUCCUGCUCCGGAAAGUCAGCGACGUGCAGAACAUCAUGAAUGCGGUUGGAGACAAGGGUAAGAAGAUCGUCAUCAUUGGCUCUUCCUUCAUCGGUAUGGAAGUCGGGAAUGCCCUCGCCAAGGAGAACGACGUAAGCAUCGUGGGUAUGGAAUCCGCCCCACUCGAACGAGUAAUGGGUACGGAAGUGGGGAAGAUUUUCCAGCGGAUAUUGGAAAAUAACGGAGCCAAGUUUUACAUGAAUUCUGGCGUCGAAGCUGCUCUGCCGGCAUCGAAACUCGCGAACGCUGUCGGCUUGAGUUCUGUAGGGGCCGUGAAGCUGAAGGACGGUCCCACACUCGAGGCUGACCUGGUUAUCUUGGGUAUCGGCGUCGGCCCUGAGACGUCGUAUUUGAAGGGUAAUCCCAAAGUGAAGCUCGAGGAAGACGGCAGUAUAGCCGUGGACGAAAACUUCGCCGUCAAGGGAUUACAGGACGUCUGGGCACUCGGCGAUAUCGCAACGUAUCCGUACCACGGUCCCGGAGGGAACGGCACCCCAACACGCAUCGAGCAUUGGAAUGUCGCGCAGAACAUGGGUCGCACCAUCGGCCAACUGAUUGCGCAGCCGGGCAGCAAACCCAAGCCAUUCACCCCUAUCUUCUGGUCUGCACUGGGCUCACAGCUGAGAUAUUGUGGCGCCACGCCGAAUGGAUGGGAUGAGCUGGUGCUCAAAGGUGACCCCGACAACAACAAAUUCGCCGCAUUCUACUGCAAGGGCGACACGGUGGUUGCAAUGGCCAGUAUGAUGAUGGACCCGAUCAUGACCAAGACUGCCGAGUUGAUGAGAAGGGGGAAGAUGUUGAGCAAGAGUCAAAUCCACAGCGAACAGGACAUCCUGCAGGCUAAUCUGUAA